UUGCCCUCCAUGGACUGUUUGCCCAGUCUUAGGCAUCUUGACAUAUCUGAUUGUCCUGCUUUAGAGUCCUUCCCAGAAAUGGGCUUCCUCAGCACCGGUCUUCAAAGGCUUGUUAUACAUAGGUGCCAAAAUCUGUCAUUGCUGCCCAUUCGAAUCCAAAGCCACUUCCCUUCACUUCGAGAGCUGUCCAUAAGGAAUUGUCCUAAUGUGGUAUCCUUGAUAGAAGCAGUAGGUGGUGUGCAACGAAACCUUACUAAACUCCAGAUAUGGGACUGCGAGAAACUGAGGCGUCCAAUACCAGAGUGGGGUUUGGGCAUGCUAUCCUCUCUUGAAAGACUUGAUGUCAUAGGUAGAUGUCCUGCAACUGCAGAUGUGGUAUCGUUUCCAGACGAUAAUUGUUGUUGGCUUCCCACCUCUCUGAAAUAUCUCCGUAUAGGAUAUUUCACGAGUCUGGAAUCUGUGUCCAUGGGACUCCAAAUGCUCACCUCUCUUGAAGACCUGGCUAUCGAACAGUGUCCCAAACUCCGAUCCCUGCCAAAGGAAGCCCUGCCUUUCUCUCUUGAACGAAUGUUUAUCUCUGGUUGUCCGCUCCUCAUUAAAGACGACUUCAGUGAAAGAAAGGGAUUAUACGUCGACUAUUAUGAUUGAGAAUAUAAUCAGUGGCAGUGGUGAGUGGCCUCUCUUGCAAAUUCCAAUAUGUGAUAGCUUCAGAUUAUACGUCAACUGGGUCUCUUUGAUUAUACAAGACAAGUCAUAAAUCAAUCAGAGUUUAAGAAGCCCAGGUCUGCCCACCCACCAAACACCACACAUCACUUGUCUUUCUUGUUCAUAGUUUCUAUGCUUAAUUUGUAAUUUCACUGCCAAUUUGAUCCAUCCUUUUUUAUAUUCAUACCUUUCAGGUCAUUAAGGAUGAGUAGUCUCUCAAAGACACAAUCGAAGGAGUUUAUGGAAGAGUUCGAAUUGGCAGUGGACUGACUAAUUGGUUGUUUUUGUUGCUGAACAAUUUCUUCAUCACAAACUCCUUAACCAUAAUAAGGCUUGAUGUAUAGAAAUAUAUAUAUCUUAGAUGGCUUCAUUUUCUUUUGUCUUUUUGGGUAUAUAAAUCUUCUUACAUCUU